GUAAUUGAGUAUUUCACAACAACUAUCGGUUAUCUCAAGAAUUUCAAUACAAUGCUCUCUAGCAUUGUUACGAAGGAACUUGAGUAUAAAAUGGAAAGGCCAUCUCGAAAAAAAACUAUUCGGUAAUAAAUCAUCGAGGAUAUCUAAAUCAAGCUUCAAAGAUGCUCACUGUUGGAUUUCUCCUAGCAUACGUCUGCUUUGCAGAUGCAAAAGGCUUAGGUCUAUUUGGUAGCGAUGUCUUGGGUCUGAAAAACUAUGAGAACUAUAAAGAUAACCCUAUUAUCGAUAAAAGCUUUCUGCAGCAGCUACCUUCACUAAUAGAAGAAGCGAAAAGUUACACUACGCUCGAUAUAAUAGAGAGAAAUGGAUAUAAAGCUGAAAACCACUACACUACCACAUCAGAUGGGUAUAUCCUAAAUCUACAUCGAAUACCUGAAGGUAAAACUGGCAGAAAGAACAAUAAAGUAGCCUUUCUUCAACAUGGUAUACUGGCAUCGUCAUCCGACUGGGUUAUCAGUGGUUCAGGAAAGUCUCUCGGCUAUGCGCUAGCAGACGAGGGCUACGAUGUGUGGAUGGGCAACAACAGAGGCAACAUGUACUCUAGGAAUCACACAAAGCUCGAUCCAGAUAAGGAUCUCAAAUUCUGGGAUUUCAGCUGGCACGAAAUUGGAACCACGGACCUUCCUGCCAUGAUAGACUACGUACUGAAUCAGACUGGUGUUGAAAGCUUAUACUAUGUCGGACAUUCUCAGGGAACAACCGUAUUCUAUGUAUUUGCAUCAGAAAGACCGGACUAUCAAAAGAAAGUCAAGGCGCAUGUUAGUUUAGCUCCGAUUGGUUACAUGGGCCAUGCGACUAGCCCUGUUAUUAGACUGGCUGGAAUGCUUGUUAAAGCUGGGGAGAUGUUUUAUGCAGUGGCGGGGCAACAGGAAGUUCUUCCAAGGCAAGGCUUCAUUGGUCACUUGAGUGAAAUUUUGUGUGCCCCAGGCAACAAGCUGACACUGUUGCUUUGCGAGAACUUGGUGUUCACUCUUACUGGUUUCAACCCUGAACAGACAAAUACCUCCUUACUGCCUGACAUUAUGGCGCAUGCACCGGCUGGUUGUUCUACGAAACAGAUGCUUCAUUAUGGACAGGAAUUAGGAACAGGUCACUUUCGGCAGUACGAUUAUGGUAUGGUAAAUAAUCUACGAAAAUACAAAAGCAUACACCCACCGCGGUACUACAUGAAAAACAUAAAAAUACCAAUGUAUCUGAUCUACAGCAGAAACGAUUGGAUAUCUUCAGAAACAGAUACACGGAAGCUAUGUACGGAAAUCGGAUCAUCAUGCAAGGCCUUCCUGAUAUCUGAUAAGUCCUUCAAUCACUUAGAUUUUGUAUAUGGUAUUUAUACAGAUACGUUGGUAAAUCCUAAAGUAUUAAGUUCAUUUGCUAGACACUGAUACUUUUACAGGUUCAUAUUAUUUUUUACGUAACUUGUUGGACAUAGUAUGCUUCCUACAAAUAUUGCCCAAAUUUUAAGUGGUGCAGAGAACAAAGUUUUGUAGGUUAUAAAGAUCUGACUAUCAGUGUAUGUAUAGAGCUAGAAGAAAUUGUUGAAAUCUGGGAGUACCACAUCGGAGAUCAGCAUCCCAACUUUUCACCAUCAACUUUCUUCAGAUGUUAGUCGGGCUCUACGACAGUCAACUUAUUGCAGCAUUCAAAAGCUGCUUGCUACUCGGCAGUUAGUAAUACGAUUCUUUGUUUAUAUACGAUGAGUGAGCAUGUGGUGGUGCGAACAGCCUUUUUAUAGCGAAAGCAGGUAUCAUCUUCUCCACCAAAUUUUAGGAACUGCUUAAUACCUGAAUGAAGUUACAAGUUGAAAACUAAGACUAAGGUGCAUUGAACAUAGCAGGUGAACCACCGUUCAUGCUGUUUAUAUUGAAUAACCUGGUCAGUAAUAAUGCAGAAGUUGGUUCUGGUAAGCAGUUGAGUCAAAGUCAAAACUGCCGGCAAUCUAUGUCCAACAGUGAUAAUUUUAUCCCCCAAUAACAUACAUUGUAUUGAUGUGCUUCUACGCAUAGCUUAAUUUGUUAUACAAACUUAUCUCUGACUUAAUGCGAUGUAUGUACUCAUUUUCCUACCACUGUUUUUGUAAUAUUUACAAAUAAAAUCAAGUUGAGGAGGAAUA